UGUGGUCCUACUGAACGGAGAAGCCAGGCGCAGACCCACUCCAGCCAACCUAAGAACUCACCCUUGAAAAAUCGAGUUAAGCCACGAGUUGGAAGAUGUCGUCGGUAGAGCCGGCAGGGCUGACCAUGAAAGAAUAAAACAGAAGUCACCGUCCCUCACUUUUUAUCCUCAGAAAUAUUGUUUGCAAGAAGCAGGUGAUCGAACCCGUGGAGGACGGAGGGUGACGGUGCGUUUCGGGCUUUGAGGCUCCAAAAGAGAUGCUUGUUCUCCCACAGAGCCCACAGGGUGGCAGACCGGCCACUCUGGCGUCCAGGACCUCUGGUCACCUUCCAAGCGCCUGGAAAAGACCGGGUUCCAGACGCGGGACCUCCGGCCACUGACUCUCGCGCCCCCUAGUGGCAGAUGCAGCCGGGGGCCGGGCCCCGGAACGAAAUUACCUGACGGAACCCGGAGUGCGCGCUCCGAGCUUCCGGGGAAGAAGACAGAGCAGGACCUGCGCGCGGCGGUUCCUGCGCUCGGGAAGGAGGCCAUGGCCAUGGGGGCUUGGGGGUUGCGGCUCUGGAGGGCCGUCCCCCGCGGCGAGGCUGGCUGGAGAUUGAUAGCAACAUCACCAGCUUCUCAGCUGUCACCGACCGAACUGAUAGAGAUGCAGAAUGAUCUCUUUAACAAAGAGAAAAACAGGCAGCUAUCCUUAACUCCCCGGACUGAGAAGAUUGAAGUUAAACACGUUGGGAAAACUGACCCUGGCACUGUCUUCGUGAUGAAUAAAAACAUUUCAACUCCUUAUAGUUGUGCCAUGCAUUUAAGUGAGUGGUACUGCAGGAAGUCCAUUCUGGCCCUUGUGGAUGGACAGCCUUGGGACAUGUACAAGCCUUUGACCAAGUCCUGUGAAAUUAAAUUUCUUACUUUCAAAGAUGAUGAUCCUGGAGAAGUAAAUAAGGCUUAUUGGCGUUCUUGUGCCAUGAUGAUGGGCUGUGUGAUAGAGAGGGCGUUCAAAGAUGAAUAUGUGGUCAGUUUGGUCCGAGCUCCAGAAGUUCCAGUAAUCGCUGGAGCUUUCUGCUAUGACGUUGUUUUGGAUAAGAGACUUGAUGAGUGGAUGCCAACAAAAGAGAACCUACAUUCCUUCACAAAAGAUGCUCGUGCUUUAAUUUAUAAAGAUCUUCCAUUUGAAACUCUGGAAGUUGAAGCAAAAGUGGCAUUAGAAAUAUUUCAACACAAUAAGUACAAAUUAGAUUUCAUAGAAGAGAAAGCAUCUCAGAACCCUGAGAGAAUAGUCAAACUGCACAGAUUUGGUGAUUUCAUUGAUGUGAGCGAAGGCCCUCUUAUUCCAAGAACAAGUAUUUGUUUCCAGUAUGAAGUAUCAGCAGUUCAUAAUCUCCAGACCCAGUCGAGUCUUGUACGAAGAUUCCAGGGUCUCUCUUUACCUGUGCACUUAAGAGCACAUUUUACAAUAUGGAAUAAGCUAUUGGAAAGGUCUCGGAAAAUGGUAACUGAAGAUAAAACUAAGCCUACAGAGGAAAGUGCAUCUACCUAGUAACUUCCUCAAUUUAAAUAUGUUUAGUAAGUUAAAAUAAAAGUUUUCUAUGUAAUGUUUAUGCAUGCUUGUAAAGAUUAACUCUUUUCCUCUGUAAGAUUUGUAUUGACACUUUUUUCUUUCUCUAAAGGGUGAAACAGCUUAUGUUCACAAUAAAAUUUUACACAGAAACAA